GAAGCCUUUCAGUGGUACACCUGAGAUAACUUGCAGAGAAAAAAAAAUGUUUGGACUGAAUUCUGCUUGUCUUGUGUAACGUUGUUGAUUAAAGCAACGUAAUAUACUAUCUUUGAUUAAAGUACCGGCUAGAUAACAUAAGAUGGCGUCUACAUCUGACGCGGACACACGGCCUGUUUCUAAUGUAGAGGAAGACAGAAGUCGCCUCUGCGACGAGUUUGCUGUGGUAACAGGAACUGAUAGCGCUGUGGCUCAGUGCUACCUGGCUGAGAAUGACUGGGAGAUGGAGAGAGCUUUAAACUCAUUCUUUGAGGCUGAUUUGGAGAAGGCAUUUGAUGAAGACGUUCCAGACAGUGAGGCCAGCCCCGAAAAGAAUAGGCAUAAGGUUGAAGAAAAACCUCCAGCAGAGUGCAUAGAUUUGACCGGAGACAGUCCAGCCUCCACAGACAAACCCCCGGAAGAAGAUGACAAUAAACUGUCGCUGAUCUCCUGGAACGUGGAUGGACUUGACACAGACAACCUUGGAGAGCGUGCCAGAGGCCUGUGCUCCUACUUAGCCCUAUACACUCCUGACGUGGUGUUCCUACAGGAGCUCAUUCCGCCUUACGUCCAGUACCUGAGGAAGCGGGCUGUCAGCUACCUCAUCAUUGAAGGUGGUGAAGAUAAUUACUUCAUUGGGAUGAUGCUGAAGAAGUCACGGGUCAAGCUUGUGGAGAGCGAGAUAAUACCUUACCCCACUACUCAAAUGAUGAGGAAUCUGCUCGUAGCUCAGGUGACUUUUAAAGGCCUGAAGCUGUGUCUGAUGACGUCCCACCUGGAGAGCUGUAAAGGCCAAGCAGGGGAGCGGAUGAAACAGCUGCGAGUGGUGAUGCAAAGGAUGAGAGAGGCUCCUGACGAUGUCACCGUCCUCUUUGGAGGGGACACAAACCUCAGGGACUCUGAGGUCACCAAGGUGGGUCUGCCACCCAGUGUCUGCGACGUAUGGGAGCGACUGGGAAAACAAGAGCACUGCCGCUACACAUGGGAUACCAAAGCCAACAGCAACAAAAAUGUUCCUUACAUCGCCCGCUGCCGCUUCGACCGGGUCUACCUCCGCCCAGCCACCAAGGAUGGCAUCCCACGCCUGGUCCCUGACCACAUGGCCCUGGUGGGUCUGGAGAAGCUGGACUGUAAACGCUUCACUAGUGAUCACUGGGGAAUCUACUGUAGCUUCUCUGCUGCAUAGAAAUGCAUGAAACAACCUGAAAUAUGCCAGUUUUCUAUCAACUGCUCUAGUUUGUUUUGUGUGUUUGACAGUCCCAGCGCGGACAUUGUCCGUGCUGGAUUCAGACCACAGAAACAUUUUAUCUGUGCAAGAUGUUCUGACCUCAUCUGAGGUUUGUUACCUGUAAAUCUUAUCUUCUAAUUUCAUUUCUCUUGCUGAAGUCUCUUCCCAAGUUUUUUAAGAAGUUAGAUAAAUGUAGAAUGUACCAAUAAAUGUUAAAAUAUCAAAGUUUGCAGCACUGUGUGUGUAGUAUUGGCAUCUGACCACUAGAGAGCACUACAGAGUUGAAUUGCAAUUGUUAAAAAAAAGACAUUUUCUGGUAGCCAGAGGCUCAGUAUUUACAAUGAAAUAAAUAAAAUCAGUUUGAGUCUGAAUUGUAACUCCAAAGAAUUAAGCCUGCAGUUUAAGCUGUAGGUCCAUAAAACAUGACACAACAGCAAAUCGUCAGACAAAUAAGAAAUUAAAAUCAUAGGGUGGAUUUCUUGAUGCAUUUGCAGCUGCUUUAGUACUGUUAUUUAUUUACAUUAUUAAUUACACCUGUAGUUUUCCUAAUGCGUCAUGUAAAAAGGCCUAUGAGAAUGAUAAUGUAAAUUAUGAUUUAAUAGCACCUAUAAUCUACAGUUCUACAUUAUGACCUUAUUUCUACCCCAAAACCAAAUAUAACCUCGUCCUCACAGUCUCUGCCAACACACUGUCAAGACGUCUGCCUCACCUCCUUCUGUAAUGCACCCUUCAGAUUUGAGAGUGUGUUUUCAUGUUAGCUCGGUGAGCAGACAGCACAGUUUUCUACAGCACAGUCACAGCAAGCGGAGAAGAGCUGACCUUAGGAGGGAACACAGAUGCGACUCUUCCCUGGGAGCAGGCGUCAUCAGAACAGGCCUCCCUCCCCCGUUUGUCCCCACUCACUGGUUCCUGAUUAGCAAGGACACAUGAGCAAAGUCCGUCCAGCUCUAAUGAGUUCACCUAAAGCCUCAAACACAUUCAAUGAGUGUUCUUUUUUUUUCUUUUUUUUUUUUUUUUUUUAAAUCUGAGCCUGACUGUUUUCAUACAACCUCACACUGUGCCACAAAUUGACACAGUUAUCUCAUUUUUUUCAACUUGCUUUGUUGAUUGGAUGGGACAAAGUUAGAUCUGAACCUUCAAGUUUUUAUGCAGCUGCAAAACAAAUACAGAUAUAAUUAUUUAUUGUCUUUUUUUGGACAUAUAAAAAAAAAGAUCCAAAGAUGUAGUGCUAACAGUAGGUCGCUCUGUGAAAGGGGUACCACCUCUAGCUCUGGCAAUGCAUUUCAUUUUAUUGAUCAUCACAAUCACUACAUGCUAGAACAUUGAUGGGUGUGGUGGAGUGGAGAGAAUUUUAAGAGCAGUGGAGUGAGACAAAAUGAAAAUGCAAAGGCCAUUUUGGGCCCAAUACAAAAAAAGAAAGAAAGUAGAAGACAGUUAUUAUUGAGGUUCAGUGAUAUUGUUUCUUUUUACCAUUGUUUUGUUACCUAAGAUGUUGACUGAUUGAUUGAUUGAUUGAUUGAUUGAUUGAUUUCUCAUUAGGUUUUGUUUUUUGUUUGUGAUAAGUUCGAAAAAUCAAAUACAAUCUCAAUGUCUCUUGCAGUGUCUCCUCCUCACCCCUGCUUUAUCUUGUUGCCACCUAUGAGUUACCUGGGUUCAGGUGUGCUUCACACAGGUGAAGGGAUGUGGCCAGUAGGAAACAAAGGAGCAGGGAUUUGUUUGGGGAGGAUUUCCUGAUUUUGUUGGGGAAAGAGGAAAGCAGAAUGGGGUGGAGUGGAGACAGCCUGCCUUGGGAGGAGAAUAAACUUGAAUGGACUCGU